UGGAUACCUACAUGUAGGUAGUACUAGUAGUACAUAUGCAAUGUCGAAUGGGAAUUGUCGCAUCCGAGAUCUUUGCUAAUCAAUUCCCAAUCCCGCCAACUUUUACUAAUUGCCGAAUUCUUAAUUGAACUUCCUUUCGCCUCAUCGCCUACCUAAGCUUGAGAACAGGGUGUGUUACUUUCUACUAAGUACCUACAUGCAGUAGGUAGCAAGAUGCCUCGACCUAUUGUUGCCCCGCGCUCGCGGCCUCUAUGUCAGAUUUGUGAUUCGGUCAUCAACCGUCGCUUAUACUCUACGAACCCCUUAUUGAGAUUUCGCAAUCCUGCCGGGUCACGGGCACACUAUGGAAAACCCCAAUUGGGAGCCAAAACAGCCCAGCCACGGCCCUUAGUAUCGGCAGUAUUGCCGACUCGGAACUCUAACUCUACACCUGGCUCCCGGAAUAUCCACGAUACUACAGGAGAACGUGGUGAUCCGGUGAAGCAAGUACCCAGGGCGGCGCCCAAGUCAGAACGUGCCGAGUUGUCAUCCAUCACUAAUAUGAUGACUUACUUGGAAAAAAGUAAACUAAAAGUCGUCUCAGAUCGACGCAUACCGCCAGAAGCUGACGUGAUGGCUGCGCUUCAAGCAUGCUACAUCGUAGCUGAUUAUAUCAUGGACGAUACUGUAAAACCUCAAAUAACUCAUAUGGUGAAUGAGCUUGAUUCGACUGCCGCAGAACUCCUCUCACUGGACAGUACGAGCAAUUCCAAGUCAUCCGAGCUUUCUGAAGACACAAGUGCUGCCGCCAUAACAGCCCAGGUCAAACAAAUCAUCGACAUGGUAUCAGAUACUGCCUACGAGGUGAUAUCACAUCCGAAUGUUUUCAUCACAUCUGAACUACUGGAAAAAUACGUCUCUGUCCAAGCCCGCCUUGGCAGACCUGAGUCUCUUCCCCAGGUCUUUCAAUUGUAUGCUUCGAAGCCAAUGCCUCGCGAAGCCGCGGGGUCCAUUAGCUACGCCAAGCAGAAUCCAAACAGGCUAGCGAACGCCAUUCAACCAAAGAUAAUUGAGAAGGCGCUUGACACUGCCAUCGAAGCUAAGAAUCUAGAUGCGGCAGUUGGGAUUAUUGAGAACAGCUACAGCAAGAAAGCAUUUAUUCGAAAUAAAGUCGUACGCCAAUGCGCACUACCGUUAGCAACGUUCACUGCGGCGCCUAUUGCCGCCUAUAUUUUAGCUACAAGCUUAUCUGGUCUACAAGAGUCCAUGGACAACGAUACAGCAACCAAUGUGGCUUUUAUCGGCAUCUUAGCCUACGUCGGCUGCACGGCGUCCAUUGGCUUUGUGGCGAUGGCGACGGCAAACGACCAGAUGAAACGGGUGUCGUGGGCUCCCGGUGUACCUCUACGGAUGCGAUGGAUGAGAGAGGAUGAGAGGGCUGCGUUGGAUAAAGUUAGUUGCGCGUGGGGGUUCCGGGAGAAAUGGCGCCAAGGUGAAGAAGAAGGGCCGGACUGGGAUUCUCUACGAGAGUACAUUGGCCAAAAGGGCAUGAUUCUGGACCGUACCGAACUGAUGGAAGGGAUGGAUUACUAACCUAGAUCUAUGCCGUAAGGUUGCAAUCCCCUUAAUGAUCUACGUGUUACUGAGAUUCACAGAUAGCUUGAGAUCGGCCAUGGUUGGGCUCUGCUAAGGAUCCCCACUAGAAGAGAUAGCCACAAUGCCCAAGAGCCCGAUUCGAUUCUGCAAAUUAUGGGUUCCUUGUCUUGCUUGGGGGAUUACUUUUUUGAUUUGCCAAGGAUCGA